AUGAUGAUUCUUCAACGUGCCUUAAUAGUAUUGUUUGUUAUAUUGGCUGGAGCUUUCACUAUUACUAUUAGUGCGAAUAAUGUCACAGUUGAAGUUGGCAAAAAUGGUUUAAAGUUUAUACCACAAAAAGUGAUAUUUAAAUUUGUUAAUCCAAAUAUCAAACACAAUGUUGUUCAAUCGGACAGCGAAGCGUCAUGCACGAAUUCAACAAAACCAGAUGCAUUCGCUUCAGAAGGCUUUUCACAAAGUGAUUUCAUAGUCAAGAUAAACCAGGAUAAUGGUGUGCUGUAUUACUAUUGUAGUGUAGCAAAUCAUUGUAGCGUUGGCGGUAUGUGGGGCGUGAUAAAUAUUCAACCUACAAACAAUAACUCUUCUAAAUCUGGCGCUGCUGAAAGUUCCUCCACUUCUAUAACUUUAGCCACUUCUAUUGUAUUACUUUCUAGUUUGUUUAUGGCCAUGUUUAUGGUCUAA